GCAGCCCGGCUCGGCGGCGCUGGCCGCUCUCGCUCCCCCGCGCGCCCGCCCCCGCCCGGGCUCUUUGUCGGCGGGUGCCGGCGGGGGGCCGCAGCGCCAUGUCCUCCCCCAAGAACGGCUUCUACCGGCAGGAGAUCACCAAGACCCUCUGGGAAGUGCGGGACCGCUACCGGGACCUGCAGCCGGUGGGGUCCGGCGCCUACGGAGCCGUCUGCUCAGCCAUCGAUGGAAGAAGUGGCACCAAAGUGGCCAUUAAGAAAUUGUACCGCCCGUUUCAGUCUGAACUCUUCGCCAAACGAGCCUACCGAGAGCUGCGCCUCCUGAAACACAUGAAGCAUGAAAACGUUAUUGGAAUACUGGAUGUGUUCACACCAGACGUAACACUGGAGAAGUUUAAUGACUUCUACCUUGUCAUGCCAUUUAUGGGAACAGACUUGAGUAAGAUAAUGAAACAUGAGAAACUAACUGAAGACCGAAUCCAGUUCCUGGUAUAUCAGAUGUUGAAAGGCUUAAAGUAUAUUCACUCAUCAGGCAUAAUUCACAGGGAUCUAAAGCCUGGAAACUUGGCAGUAAAUGAAGACUGUGAAUUGAAGAUUCUGGAUUUUGGAUUAGCAAGGCAUACAGACAGUGAGAUGACCGGUUAUGUGGUUACAAGGUGGUACAGAGCCCCAGAGGUCAUACUUAACUGGAUGCAUUAUACACAAACAGUUGACAUCUGGUCUGUGGGCUGUAUAAUGGCUGAGAUGAUAACAGGGAGGCCUCUGUUCAAAGGAAAUGAUCAUCUGGACCAACUCACAGAAAUAAUGAAAAUAACUGGUACACCAACUCAAGACUUUGUUCAAAAACUGCACAGUCAAGAUGCAAAAAACUAUAUCAAAAGUCUCCCAAAAGUCCAGAAAAAAGAUUUUGCAUCCAUCUUGAAGUAUGCGAAUCCUUUGGCUGUAAACCUUUUGGAGAAGAUGCUGGUGCUGGAUGCAGAGAAGCGAGUCACAGCAGCUGAGGCUUUGAUGCAUCCUUACUUUGAACCAAUUCACGACCCUGAGGAAGAAAUUGAAGCUGAGAAAUAUGACGACACAUUUGAUAACAUGGAUCUUCCCCUAGAUGAGUGGAAGCGCAUUACAUAUAAAGAGAUACUGAACUUCAGGCCACCACAGACAUUGGAGUCAAAGGAGACAGCAGUGUAAUUGUAUUACUCAGUCUUUUCAGAACACGGAAGAAAGCAGGAAAGUUGUAAAUGUUUGUGACAUUUCAGGUGUAUAAAACUUUUAUAAAUAAACUGGAUGUAAUCUGUUUCAUCUGCACUGUAAGAAAGAGCAAUGUCUUUUACUCUGCAUGUGGAAGUUGGUGCCUUUGGGAGUAGUAUUUCAAAACUAUCCAGAAACUUAUUCCUGCCUACAACUUCUUCCUUCUGCACAAAAGGAUUCAGACUGUGAUAACCUGGUGCCAUCAUCAAAAGAGCAGGUAGGACUAAUUCUUCAACUCAGAGAUCAGAAGAGUACCAGUUACUACCCCAAGCAAGCUGAGACACAGAGUAUGUCAGAGAUGUGCCAUGACUGCUCUCCAUAUCUUGAAUGCAAGUAUUCAUGUGACUUCCUCUGGAAUAUUUCACCUUGGUAAAAUGCCUGGGGAGGCUAAUUAGCUCCUGCUACCUCAGCUAAUGCAGCAGUUAGUGGAGACACAGCUCGAAUGAAUGCCUGUGUCCCCUGUCCUACAUGAGUGGAGGAGAACCUGAGCUCCAGCCAGUUCUGACAGAUCUGGGCAAGAGGCAAGAAGCAGAGAAGUGUCCAUGUCCUAGAUUUUUUUCAAAGUAACCAGUGUAGCAGGACAAGAUUUCACAAAUGCACUAGGUGAACAGUCACUGGCUAAACAAUCACUGUCACGGGGUACAAUAUUUUCCUCUAAAUACAGUGCAGUCUCUUUGUAUAAUAGACUAGGGAUCAAGGAUUUCCAGGGAGAAAUUCUUAAGACUUUCUAAAAUUUUGUAAGCUCUCUAGCAUCUUAGUAUUGAAACGAUCACUCGGAAAGUACAUUUCUCAGAGGUUAAACUGGUUAUAGAAUCAGCAGUGCUGAUUUUAGAAAUAAAGCUGCACGUGGGUUGCAUUAUAGAAAAUAAAAUGAGAAUGAAAUGCUACGCUGCAGCUGUUCAUUGGGGAUACCUACAGCAAGCUGGUUUGUUCACAGUGUACAGAGGUGUUGCCAGGUGCAGGAUAACAACCAUUCCUUUUUUUAGCCUUUUGAACUCAUCUUGCUUGGAAAAACCCUCAGACCUUCUGUUGAGAGGUGCCUUACCAGGAGUAGUCAGCUUCCUGAUGGGAUAAAUUGGUUAGACACUUCAUGAGUUCCUCUUACUGCCCUCUUACUAUAUUUUUCCUAGGUGCUUAGUUUGUAAUAAUCUCUCAGAGGUAGGAAAAAGAAAUUGGCAAACCUUUGGUGAAGAAUUUCUUUGUGAGAUUGCUUGUACUUGUUAAAGGUAAUGUCUCUACAAUUGACUAUUUGGAUAUGGAUUAUUCCCAAUGCAAUAUGUUGUUAUGUGUUGCCAUUAAGUGAAACAGUUGUGACAGAAGGCAUUUGAUCUUAGCAGGUAAUAACUGGAAAAGAAGUAAGAAAUUACUUGAGGUUUUUUUCUUUAAUAACCAGUUUAAACCAGAAGUUUAAUCGAGGCACAUUUGUUCUGUUUCUUUCAAUGAAUGUUUAAGUUAAACACCUGUAAAUAUUAGCAUUUGUUUAAAAAUUGUUUGUGAUGAGCAUUGAUUAGCUGGGAUGACACCUAAAGAGACUAAAUGGUAACAGAAACCUUGAAUUAUUGAUGUGUUUGACAAGUCAUUGAAACAUCCCUACAGUUUCAGGAAUGCAUUAAAAAAAGCAGAGAAUGUAAUUUGAAACAAAACAUUUUUCCACACUACAGGUCACUGAGGAAGGCACACUUAAGGGUCAUACCCUGUUUUGCCCUAUUGACUUUCUGCUUGGACUACACUUUUACAUUGAUUAGGAACUUUAUUUUUUUUACAGAAUAGCUGUUUUCUCUUAGGAUCGUGCUCUGUGGUCCUCUUAAAAAUGAUGGGAGAAAGGCGCCUAUUGGAAUUAGUGGGCUUGACAGAGCCAGUCAAUGGGAGAUGGAAAAUGUCAAAAACUUCUUUGAAAAUGCUCCCUUUAUAUUUUAAAUGGAAUUUCAACAUCCUAAAUUCUAGCAAGUAUCUAAAGUCUUGAGAUAAUGCAAUGGCUCAAAUGUUAGUCAGACUUUGAGGAAGCUUUUUUUUUUUUUUCAUUGAAGAACUGCUUUGCAUUUUCUUCAUAAAUGCCAACACUUCAAUGGGCAUUUUCACUUCCCCCCGCCUUUAGCUUUAGUGAAGUCAAGCCCUAAACCCCUCCAUUGCCUAAGGUGAACUUUUCCCUCUCUUAAGAUUAACUUAGUAUUGGAGAAGCAGCUAACUCGCAUGAGAAGGGCAUAAGAUAGUUUUUCUAGAUACUGGAGGAAUACAGAACUCUUAAAAUUGAAGAGAAGACCUUCAUGCGUGUGCCAGCAAAGACAGAAGUACUGCUGCGCUGUCUAGUCAGCAAACAGUCUGCAAGGUAAAAUAGCAAACGUGGAAAGUUUGUUACAUCUUGGCAAGACGGUUCUGUGAAGAGAUUGAAAUCUGCAGAAACGGCUGCAAACAGCAAUAGAGAUUAUUAGUAUAAAUAGCUCGUUAAAAGAAAUGCGAGGUGAAAGCAGAAAUACUUUGCAUGCGAGGCAGCUGCUGCUUCAAAGGGAGAGACAACACUUCCUAAGUUUUUAUUUGCUAUUUCUGCUGGUGCUAAGCAACUCAGGAAUAAGAACCCAAUUUCUGUUUGCCUUAAAGAGAAAUGUAAAUACAUUCUGCAUGUGCUUGAAAUGUAUUGUGACAAAUAAAGGUUGGGGGGUUGUUUUUUA